UUUUUCUAGAGGUCGAGCUAGGCGCAACGUCGCGUCCGCUCGACGCCACCGCCGGCUCGACAUUGUACACGAUUAUUAAGUGCCAAUAUCAGACCACCGUCCAGCUCAACUGAUUUUGACCGUGCUGCCCGUACACCAAUAUUAUUGUAUCGAUGCAGAAGAAGACGCUGUCGCCUUACCAGCGUGGAGCCAAAGCCGUCCUCCAGAUAGCUCGCAGAUCAGGAAGGAACGUGUUAAAAAUACUGUUAUAAACCAUUUUGGAUCACCGAAACAAUCAAAUAGACAAAUAAAUUUUCUACAACUAAUGAGAAUAUGAUUUAUGCAAAUAUGCCAAGGAUCCUACUGAACUAUUGGAAAGACAAAUUUCCAGUCACUAAAACAGACGUCGUACCAUUGUCAACAAGUACUAAGAUUUCAUGAAAAUAUUAAAAUGUUAAUGAUGAAUUUUACUAGUUCCAUGAAAACCAGGAUUGGCGUUAUUUUGUUUGGGCUCACUUAAAAUAUCUAAUUUGAUACAUAAUAUAACGUCAUGAAUUAUAAUGAUUGGAUUUUGCUUGAAGAUCUGGAAAAGAUUUACCGUUGGAAACGUGUUCUUAUUACCAAAAAUCAGGUUAUUAGAAAAGAAACAUAUAAGUUGAUGUUUACCAUACCUUUAGUUGAACCAUUACCAUCACAACAAUGUUGUACUUCAGACCGAUGGUUAGAUUCAACUUCCAUUCUACUAUUAACUUUCCCACAUCAUUUAAUACCACAUAGCGAUACUUCAAUGACAGAUGUAUUGGAACAGAAAUUUGAAUGAAUUUAAUUAGUGCGAUAAAUACCUGGAUUGAAAUUUAUGAGUGAGAUAUCUAAUUAAUAAGUUAUACUGCAAGAACCAUAU